GCUGACCUGGGAAUACCUCGGGAUCCCCCUGGAAGGGCUGGUGAGAGGGAAGUCAGGUCUUCCCUGCUUCAACUGCUGCCCCCACGAAGAAAAUCUGUUUCUUGCUCGCCCCGCCCCGCCCCGCCGGGACCGCCGGGAGUCAAUGACCAAGCGUCCACCAGUAAUACCAGCCCCACCACCAGGGAGCGGGGCGCGAGGCGCAGCCAUGCCGAGAAGGAGCGACUCUCAGCCGGCCCGCCGCCGCCUCGUCUCCCGCAGGUCACGGAGGAGGACACCCCGAGGUUUUCCACAGGCCCUCGCCGACUCUUGUCACUGAAGCAGCGGGGAGGGAGAUGAUGUCGUGCGGGCGGACGGUGACGUGAUGGUUCCGGUUCGUGUGAGGCGAGGCUUUGCGCGAAGAAACAGGUUGCAUAGAUUUUGCGUGAAAAGGGUUUGAUGGAGAUUUGGUCGAAUGUCAGCGGGAACGAUCGUGAUAGCAGGAGGAAUUCUUGCCGGAGUCAUACUGCUGUGCAUUGUUGCAGUCCUCUGUUACUGUCGACUACAGUACUACUGCUGUAAGAAGAAUGACUCCGAGGCGGCGCCGUCCGCCCCGCUCUCGGACACGCUUCCCGACCCGCUCUCCCACUUCCCGUGCGACACGUGCGACGCGUUGGCCAACGACGGCGCCGCCGUCGCGCCCGUUUCUUUGGACCAGCUGGGCGCCGUCGCCGCCCCGUGCCGCGCCUGCUCGCCGUACGCCCGCCGCGCCGAGCCCCAAAUGCUCAACGGGGGCGAGCGUCUGGGCUUCCGCACGUACUACGAGAAGCCGCUACCUUUGGGAUACGUGUCCCCGGCCCCGCCGCCCAGGCCCUACAGCACUCAGGUGUGACCUUUGAACUUCUCAAACCCAGCCCACAUGAACAUACUGCAUACGGACGUGGGUUUGGAUUCUUUGGGGACGCAUCCUGGACUGAAACACUGUCAAGAUCCCGCUAGCACCAAACUGUUUUUAGGACUCCAAUCAAACUUAUUCUUAUUCUAACAUCUAAAUUGCCUUUUUGAAGCCUGCAACAUAUUCAAAGCUCGUAUCAUCAUUUAGCGCUAGAAAGUGAAAAACAAACAAAACAAAACAAUUUUUUAGCACACUUCUCAAAUUGCUUUAUUUCUUGUUUUGUUUUUCAUUCUAUAUUCCGACAUUUAAAUUGCAUUUUGAAGGCUUUAACAUAUUCAAAUCUAUUAACAACGUAUAGUGCUCCCAAGAACGUGACCCCCCUCCCCCCCCCAUACAUUUUUAAGCACCCUAUUCAAAUUGCUUUAUUUCUUACUACUUCUUUUUUAUUCUUAUUCCAACAUCUAAAUUGCCUUUUUGAAGGCUUUACCAUAUUCAAAACAAUUCACAUAAUCUCCCAAGAAAGUGGGAAAAAAAAAAAAAAAAAACACAUUUUGCUUUACUUCAUACCAUUUAAUUGUUGUUAUGGAAACUAAAUUCACUUUUAGAGGGCUUUAACUUAGUCAAAACUAUUCAUUAUUAUUAUUAGUAGUAGUAGUAGUAGUAGUACAACAAUAAAUCACAUUUAAAUGCUGUGUUCCAUAGUUUAAUUCUGAAAAAAAAUUACAGCUAGUUUAAUACCUUUCUUUAAUAGGAUUAUUUUGCGGCUAAAAAACGUUUGGCAUAUUUCAAUUUUCUAUUGAAGCUUUUGAAGGGUUAUUGUAUUAUUAAAACUAUUAUACAAACUAAACUAAAGCAAUUUUAAACCAUUGUUUAAAUGGGGAGGGGUCGUAAUACAAAUGAAUAACAGAAAAUAAAGUACAAUAAGAAACUGCCCUCUAGCCUACAACGUAUUGUGUAUUAUUACUUUGCACAUGAUUAUUACUAUUGGCCUAAUUUGUAUUUCAAUACCGUGUUUCAUAGUUAAAAAAGUUCACAACGAACGCGUGCACGCACACACGCGAAACUGAACAUGAGGCCUGACUUUUUUUCUGAGAAUAAAAGAAGGAGAAAACCACAAAAGGGACUUUUUCUCCCCUUAAAAAAACAAAAAGAAGGAGAAGAAGAGGAAGAAGAGGAAGAAGCGCACGCUGUGACGCUUCCGUGCCGUGCACGUUUGUGUUUUGGACUACUUCCUGUUUACAGACACAAUGAUGUCAUACUGUUUUUGAUGAUAUUUUACUGUAUACUGUAUACACAUUAGACAGUAUAGAGAGUGUAGUGUUACGCCACGAGUACCGUACAUGCCUGGAUCUACAGCUAUAUAUCUAUAUUUUUGACGUGUGACUGUUGCCGUGUCCAAUUCCGUGCGUUUUAGUGAGAGACGGUCGGCCUGGGACUUUAAAAGAUAGCGGACGCGUUAUUAGGCACACCGGCACCCUUGAAUGACGUCCGAUACAAGAGUAAC